AUGUCCUACCCCCCGGUCCAAGGCGGCGGCUCACUGAUCGUCGCUUGGCAAGUCAAGUCCAAGCAUGUAUUAGUCGUCGGCGGCGGCGAGGUCGCAGCAGGCCGAAUCCUCCACGCCCUAAACGCCGACGCAAAAGUAACAGUCGUCAGUCCAACAACCGGUCUAAACCCCGAAGUAUCCUACCGCAUCGCCGAAAACCAAGUCACCCACAUCGAUCGCACCUUUGAACCAUCUGACCUCGACAAUGCAGACAUGGUCCUCUGCGCAAUUGAUGAUCCCGAAGCCUCAACCCAAGUCUGGAAAUUGUGCAAGGAGCGGCGCAUCCCUGCUAAUAUCGCCGAUGUGCCCCCCCGAGUCAUGGUUAGUACGAAUGGGAAUGGGCCGAGAUUGGCGGCUAUUGUUAGGAGGAAAAUUGCGGAUGCCCUGCCGGAGAAUAUGGGGGCGGCUAUUGAGAAUGUGGGCUCGUUGAGGAAGAUGUUGAGGGCGGUGGCGCCGGAUGCGAAGGAGGGGGCGAAGAGGAUGAAGUGGAUGUCCGCGGUUUGUGAGGAGUGGGAACUGGAUGAUUUGGUGAAGAUGACGGAGGAGGAUAUGGCAGCCUUGUUGACGCAUUAUGCUGAGGGGGAUGUGCCGCCUUUGGAACAGGUGCGGUUGGAGAGUAUGAAAAUUAAUGAAUAG